UGGUGACGCUGCCUCUCUUUGUUGGCUUAGCAGCGGCGACGUUUUGUUGUUAUUUUCGCUGCAGCUGAAAAACAGGCUCGGAUAAUUUUGGUUUUCGUAUUGUUCCGCAAUCUACAUCUGGCGCUUUCGACCUCAAGGUGUGCUCGUCGUAAACCGGUAAACACCCUAGGAAUGGACUCAGACGAGGGCUAUAACUAUGAAUACGACGACGAAGACGAAUGUAGCGAGGACAGCGGCGAAGUGGAGCCCGAGGACGACACCCUGGAUAUCGGUGAGGUGGAGUUGGUCGAUCCUGUGGUGGCCGGCGGGGAGCGAGACGAGGGUGGCGAGACUGGUGUAGGUGGUCACGGUCCUGGUGAAGAAGAGGAGGAGGACUAUCGUUUCGAGGUUUUGACUGCCGAGCAGAUCCUCCAGCAUAUGGUGGAGUGUAUCAGGGAGGUCAACGAGGUCAUACAGAACCCUGCAACAAUAACACGCAUUCUCCUCAGCCACUUCAACUGGGAUAAAGAAAAGCUUAUGGAAAGAUACUUUGAUGGAAACCUCGACAAGCUUUUCUCUGAGUGUCAUGUCAUCAACCCCAGCAAGAAGCCUCGGAUCCGUCCUCCAAUCAACACUAGAUCAUCGGCACAAGACAUGCCUUGUCAGAUCUGCUACCUAAACUUCCCCAACUCGUAUUUUACCGGUCUGGAGUGUGGACACAAGUUCUGCAUGCAGUGCUGGGGAGAUUAUUUGACUACCAAAAUCAUAGAGGAAGGAAUGGGACAGACGAUUUCUUGUCCUGCUCAUAGUUGUGACAUUUUGGUUGAUGACAACACAGUCAUGCGCCUCAUAACAGAUUCAAAAGUAAAAUUGAAGUACCAGCAUUUAAUCACGAAUAGUUUUGUAGAGUGCAAUCGACUGUUAAAGUGGUGCCCUGCACCGGACUGCCAUCACGUUGUCAAAGUCCAGUAUCCAGAUGCCAAGCCGGUGAGAUGCAAGUGCGGCCGUCAGUUCUGUUUCAACUGUGGAGAGAACUGGCAUGAUCCGGUGAAGUGUAAGUGGCUGAGAAAAUGGAUUAAGAAAUGUGAUGACGACAGCGAGACUUCCAACUGGAUUGCAGCAAAUACCAAGGAGUGUCCAAAAUGCCACGUGACCAUUGAGAAGGACGGCGGAUGCAACCACAUGGUCUGUCGCAACCAGAACUGCAAAGCAGAGUUCUGUUGGGUCUGCCUGGGUCCAUGGGAACCUCAUGGCUCUGCCUGGUACAACUGCAACCGCUAUAAUGAAGACGAUGCCAAGGCAGCCAGAGAUGCUCAAGAGCGCUCCAGGGCAGCCUUGCAGAGGUACCUGUUCUACUGCAACCGCUACAUGAACCACAUGCAGAGUCUGCGCUUUGAGCACAAGCUCUAUGCUCAGGUUAAGCAGAAGAUGGAGGAGAUGCAGCAGCACAACAUGUCUUGGAUUGAAGUGCAGUUCCUGAAGAAGGCUGUAGAUGUGCUCUGCCAGUGCCGCUCCACACUCAUGUUCACUUACGUCUUUGCCUUCUACCUCAAGAAGAACAACCAGUCCAUUAUUUUUGAGAACAACCAGGCAGAUCUGGAAAAUGCCACUGAGGUGCUCUCCGGAUACUUAGAGCGGGAUAUUUCCCAGGAUUCCUUGCAGGACAUCAAGCAGAAAGUCCAAGAUAAGUACAGAUACUGUGAGAGCAGGCGAAGAGUGCUGCUACAGCACGUACAUGAAGGCUAUGAGAAGGACCUGUGGGAGUACAUCGAGGAUUGAGGACACGUCCCAAUGCAACGGACUAUUGAGUAUCUUGACAAACUAGAGCGCUGAUGCAAUUAAACAGGGCAGCACGGGCCUUCUGCCGCCUCUCCUCUGGCAACCAACCACUUUUGCAUCUUUUUUUUUUUCUUUUUCCUGGAUUUCUUUAACAAAAAAAAAAAAUCUUAAAAUAAAUUAUAUUUAAAGAAAGUGUAGAGUAAUACAGAGAAAGUGUACUACAGUAUUGUUAGCGACAGAGUGGAGUCUACAGGAAGCAGAAAAAUUCAUAAUAAACAAAUACAUCAUUUUGGCCUGUAUUGUAACCCUCCUCUAAACUAUCUUUUCUUCUGUUUUUUUUUUUUUUUUGUGAAUCUUUUCUGCUUUGAUUUUUGACUUUUGUUGUUUUUUUUCCAUAAGUGUGAAAAAAAAAUGUUUUCAACACAGCUUUAAUUGUCCUGGCCAUGUCUGCAAUAUUUGGUGAAAUCCUUGUUUGGAUGGCUGAAUAUUGAUGGGCUGAUUGCAAAGGGGGCAAAGACAUUUCAAGGGGGGGAAGAAAAUAGAAGAAAAAGAAAAACACAAAAAGUACAAAAAACAGCAAGUCUGUAUUUUUUCAAAUUGUAAAUAGUCCAUAUGCAUGGAAGUUAAAGAGCAAGAGUGGCACGUGUUUGCAUAAUUUUGAAAUAUUUAUUCUUUACCGAUCUUGAAAAAGAUGUACUUUUGCCAUUUAGGUUGAGUCCGUUUUCGCCUCCCAUUAACUGGGAGUUUGGAAGCAUUGGCAAUAAGGCGUUCAUCCUGUCGUCAUCAGUCUGCUCAGAUCACUGGACAAAAGUUCCUCAUCAGGUUAGUCUGAAAGGAAACUCCAAGAAACCUUUCAGGUGAUCAGAUAAAUGACUGUACAGUCAAGGUAAAAGGAAAAAAAAAAAAGUGGAAAAGAUUUUACUGGUAAGAGGUAGGAACGUACCAGCCCCAUGCCCCUCUGCGCUUAUCUUUGCUGCGCUAUCAUAAUUCUUUUUAGAGACAUUAAUAAUUAUUUGCAAGAGCCAAACUGAGUGACAUUCACUCUUUUUUCCUUUUUUUUCUUUGUUCCUGGCGUGGCUUGAGUUAGUCCUGUUAAGUCAGCUUGCACCUUGGGGACUGAGAGGGGUGGGUAGAAUGUACUGACAGUUUUUUUUAGUUUCAACUGGGCUUGAUCACUCUCAAAUUCUGCCAGGCAUUUACGUCACCCUUGUAGGUAACUUCUCAACAGGCCGGUAGUUGCCCAAUCGCUUUGAAGAGAUCUAUUGCCUUGCAGUAAGACGGAACCUUGCUUUAAACCAAGCUACACAGACGGACUUCAGUGUUCUGUGAAGAGAUGCAAAUUUAAGGGCAAAUCUCUAAAGGUUGCAGGGGUGUUUUGUGAAGCUGGUAUACAUUUGCGUAAGUCAGUGUUUUUCUUUUGCUUUUUUUUUGUUUUGUUGUUGUUUUUCUGUUUUUGUUCAUGGGUUGAGGUUUCAGCAGUGAAAUGUCAGUGCCCCUCCAGGUUUUUCAUCGUUCUGUGUGGCAGCUGCCCUGAUUGUCAAGCUCUCUGUUUGUAGAUGCUCGUUCAUGUCUCUGCAAUGUGGCAGUCUUCACAAGAUUGGCUGGAGGGGACAUGAUCGUUCCAGGCACUGAUGCAAGUUGGAAAGAUGACACCAAAGUGUCAGCCAUCGUUAAAAUACAUCCUUCGCCCUAGUUUCAGAUCUUUGGGCAAUUGUCUCCCAAAAUGCUUCUUAUGUGUUUCAAGUUAUUAUUUUAUCCUAGCAAAUUAUAAACUGUACUGUUUAUUUGAAUAAAUGUCAUGAGAAAUCUGAUUUAUGGGAGUGAUGUGUGAGUCAUUAGAGUAGGCCUGGUGUCAAGCAGUGUAAUUAGCCAGAUAUCAGGAGAAAUGCACAGAUGAGGCUUUUGAAUGACUGAUACCGAUUUCUUGCUUUUGAGGUCUGUAGACUUUUUUUUUUUUUUUCCCAUAAGCACUUCAACAGAAAAUGAACAAAAAUGUACUGCUGGUUCUGUGAUAGAGGUAAUAGUUUUGAAUCCAACUGAAAAUGAAAUAUAAGAUUAACCAUAUUUAUGGAUCACAACUGUUCUAAUUUUUGUUUAACUAAAAAUGUAUCAAUCCAUUUUGUUGUUUGAUGCUUUUAGAGGCAGAAAAUGAAAUGGUCGCACUUCUUAGUUUUGAUUCAUUUAAUGAAUGGAAAAAUGAACUUGUUGAUGAGGGAUCUGAAGAGAAUUGUUCAGUUGAUUGGUGCACCUCUAACCCAUCGCACUUUUCUCUACACCACAGACCUUUGCAGCUCUUUGUCUUCCGAAUAGGUGUGGAAUCAAUUUGGAAACUUUAAUCUUGAGUUUUGGUCUAAAUGAUCAAAGUUGACUCUUUUUGUCACCGAGUUUACAUUCAGAUUGUUUCUUUUGUUAUUGAGCAUCCAGAAGUUGUUUUUGUCAAAGAUGAUACAAGAUGAAUGGGUACAAAUUGCUUUUCUCAAAGUUGUCUUGCAUUAACUUCAGCUCCAGCUGUAAUAGUUAUCCUAACCCACUCUCCAGGGCUCACUCUGUUUUCACUGUGUGCUAGAAGUUUUUGACCAUUUCAGAUUUAAAGUUUUGGAGUAACAGAAGCAGCUACUUGCAUUAAACCGAGACAUCCAAAAACUUUUAAUACUUUUCUACAUACCUUUCCUUUAUGCUAUUAAAGGUGUUUUAUUUCCUAAUAGUGUAAAAUGUGAGGGGAAAUUAGAUGUUUGUUUUUGGAGAAAAAAUAUUAAAGUGCAAAAUGUUGCAAACA